AUGGGAUCUUUCGUCUUCAAAUGGCCGCAUCCCAAUGCGCAAGAAGUCUACGUGACCGGCACUUUUGACGACUGGGCCAAAACCACGAAACUGGACAAGGUCGGCGAUCAUUUCGAGAAGGAUGUUCCGCUGAGCAAUACCGACGAAAAGAUCCUCUACAAGUUCGUUGUAGAUGGUGACUGGACCACAGAUCACACGGCGGACAAGGAAGAUGACGGGCACAACAAUAUCAAUAACGUGCUGCAUCCCGAGAACAUCAAGAAGGACCCGUCUUCUGCUGCUGUCUCAAGCGCUGCCCCCGGAAGCACAACAGCUGCCCUUGCCGGCGGCGUGCCUCUGGAGCAGAAGCAGUCUGCGCCCGGCGCCUUCCCUGAAACUCCGGCCAACGAACUCGACCAGCAAAUAGGUGUUGCUCCUCUGCCCGCCACCUCUGGCGCCGGCAACCCGGUCUCUGUUCCUGCUGGUGAGAAAGUGCCAGAAAACGUUACUGCGAGCACGGUUCAGUCCACAGCCACUACCUCGAAAGAAGACUAUGACAAUGCGGGUAGCUCUGAAAUGCCUGCCAUGGGCGGAGAGGCUGCGCAAUUUGGCGUCAAUCCUAUUCCUGCUUCCUCCGGUAUUGGCAACCCCGUGCAGACCAAGCCAGGCGAGGGUAUCCCAGAACAGGUGACCACGAACACCGUUGACUCGACGGCAACUACCUCCAAGGAGGACUACGAGAAGGCUGGUAGCUACGGUCUUCCUGCAGCCGGGAUUGCCGCUGGUGGCGUUCUGGCUGGCGCCGCUGCAGCCGUCGGCCUAUCCGGAAAGGACGACGAUAAGAAGAAUCUGAUUCCUGAAUCGUCUCUACCAAUUGGCCAAGGUGCUGACAGCACCCUCGAUGCCGGCCCGCACAUCCAGUCUUCCGGUCCUAGCUCAACAACAGCUGCGUUGGCUGGCAACGUUCCCUUGGAGAAGGACAAGGUUGCUGCUGCCGUACCCGCACCAGUCCAGGAGUCUCUGUCCGAAGCUCAUCAGUCUGCCGAGGCUGCAUCAUCCCCAGAGGCGGUCAAAGACAAGGAAUCUCUCGAAAAGGAGUUGCUGUCCAAGGUUCCUCCAAGCGAAGCCCAGGGCGAGCAUGCCAACCCUGCUGCGCAGACCAGCUAUCAUGGUCUUGCCACUACGGUACCUGCAACAGUGGAGAAGUCAAUGGAACAGGCCAACGCUGCUCCUGAGGCUGCAGCGGAUACAUCUGCUGUCGCCGAGAAGACUCAACUGGAACAGGAGCUCAAGCAAAAAGUUCCCGAGUCGAACGAGGCGGGUGAGUCUGCGCCAACGGCAACUUCUGCGACCUCUGCUGUUGCCCCUGGGACAUCAACUGCGACGAGCGCUGCCGCCGCUCCUGGAACUUCGUCAGUAGCGGCCGCCGCUCUGGCCGAUGGCGCUGGUGGAGAAGACCUUGCUACCACCAAGAACACCACCACGACUGCAGAAAAGACUGAAGGUGAUGCGACUGAAUACGCCCCUCCUGUCGCCGCGGGUGCUGCACCAGGCGUGUCGAGUGGCGCUGCAGCCGCACUCUCGGACGGUGCCGAUGCCGGUUUGGCAGAUGAGCCCGCUGUCAAGUUGAUGAACCAGAAUGAGGAUGCGGCUGCUCCCACCACGACCGAUGGGGCUGCCGACACCAAGAAAGAACCUGAAGUAGUUGCCCCUCCUGCCGCUACCACCACGACUGCUACGGAGAGCAAACCGGUUCCGGAGAGCAAGUCCACUACUGAGGACAAGUCUACUACUGCAGCUGCUCCUCCAUCCAGCGCACCGAGCACACCGACCAAGAACACAACCGAAGCGGAGAGUCCGGCGGGCAAGGAUAAGAAGAAGAAGCACCGGAUCAGCUCGUUUUUCAAGAAGAUCUUCGACUAG